AUGGCCACCGGCUGGCUACGAAAGUGCCUGAUUACAGGCUUCGCUCUAUACCAAGCUUCCCAUGGCCUGGCCAUCGCCACUGCCCAUCCUCCUGAACCAUCACUGGCCCGUCGACAGACAGAGACGGGUACAAACACUGCCUGCGCAGUUGCUGCGAGCGCUGUUGCUUCGAACCUCGUCGCAAAUCCUGACGCCCUUAAACCUUUGAUUCCUGCCGAAAUUGCGUACGAAUGUCUACAGAGCGUGCCGAACUACCAAGAGCCUGCCCUGCGGCUCCUCCUCUCGUUGCGAACGUACAUUGAGUUUCUGAGCACCAAAGAGAUCCUCAAGAAUCCUCCAUCAGGUUACCUUUUUCCUCCAGUGGAUAUCGACUAUGCCCUUGCCGCCAUAGAAGAGAAGGUCCUGGCAGGAGAAUAUGAGAGCGAAUAUGACUUCCAGAACGAGCUGAAAUCAUUGACCGUGUCUGCCAGGGAUGGGCAUUUCUACUGGCUUGGUGAUCUACUCGGAGCCUUUACCUUUGCCAGGUUUGCUGCCGACUUGGUAGCUGUCUCUUCUGACGGCAUGGAGACGCCUGAGAUCUAUUUUGCUCUCGAUCUUUUUGGAGCGAACGCUACCACCGGGAGUCUCAUUCCUGUCAAGGGAUUCACACCAUCCCCGAUCGUGAAAAUUGAUGGUGUGGAUGUGGUGUCGUUCCUGCUUGAACAAUCGUUUACCAAAUACGAACAAGAUCCCGAUGCGUUGUGGAACGAGCUGUUCUAUCAGCUGGGUAAAACAUCAGACACCACUUUCUCAGUUCCAGGAUUUUACCCUGGACCACAGACUAUCCUCACGUUUGCCAAUGGAACAGCACGUACCAUCAAAAACGUGGCUAUUGUCAACAUUGACCUAGAAGGCGUUACCAAUGGCGAAGACGCUUAUAAAGUCAUGUGUCCAGGCGCGUUCGUCAAUGACACUGCUGCUGCUACAACGACCACACAAAGCCUUCCUGCUACAUCCACCGCGACCGAGGUCGAAACUGAAACAGCAGUGCCUACGUCAACUAGUUCUCCCAAUAUUCCCCCUUAUCCCUGGCCUGUCAUCAAACACAGCGCAGAUUCUGUAGCAGGCUAUUAUCUGAAUGGCACUGGCCUCACUGAUGUCGCCGUUCUCAAGGUCGCUGGUUUUUCGCCUAGCAACGGUCAAUACUUGGAUUAUGAGAAGGAAUUUCAGGCUGUGGUGCAAAAAUUCCUUGAUGCCGCUGUCAAGAGCAAGAAGAAGAAACUAAUCAUCGACCUUCAAGGGAACGGAGGUGGUUUGAUUGAUCUUGGAACCGAUUUGUUCGCUCAACUAUACCCAUCCAUUGCACCGAAUUCAAAAUCGAAUAUGCGUGCUCAUCUAGGGUUAGAAAUCUUGGGCAAUGCCGCCAGUGAUAACGUGACGGCCGCAGAGAAGACCCCAGAUGAAACAGACGAAGACACUUCAGAACUCCUGUACACUCCUCUUGCAUUCCAAUCAAUUGUUGACCCAAAUAUGAGAAACUAUCCGACCUUCGAAGCCUUUUUCGGACCUUACCCGAAGAAAGGUGUUGACUAUACCGGAUAUUUCCAGAAUAAUUAUACAGACCCAAGCGCGUCUGACUUCCAAGGCACCGGCAUUAUCAUAACAGGUACCAACGAUCGGAAAGGGUUCAGACAGCCCUUUGCGCCUCAAGAUACCAUUGUCUUAUACGAUGGUGUCUGUGGAAGUACCUGCGCAGUCUUUUCCGAGUACCUAAAGAGCUAUGCUGGUAUCCAAUUCAUAUCCGUGGGAGGAAGACCCCAGGCCGGACCUAUGCAAGCCGUUGGUGCAGUGAAAGGCUCCCAACUCUUCCCAUUCGCGGACAUGAUUUACGCCUACUGGAUUCCACUCUGGCGCAGCACCAACGCAUUCCGCAACUCCAUCAAUGGCACCAUCUGGGAGUAUUUCACCGGUGACCCAGUCUUCCGAUCAAGCGCCGGCGGCGUCAAUGGACGCAACCACUACCGCAUCGGCGACAAGUCGGAAACCGCUCUGCACUUCGUGUACGAAGCGUCCGAUUGCCGCAUCUGGUGGACCAAGGAGAUGCUCUACGACCCGACUUUCCUGUGGAACCGCGUCGCGACCAUCGCUUUCAUCGACCGCAAGGGAACCCAAUUCAACUCCAAGUACUGCGUCAAGGACAGCACGGGCCACCCGACCAGCAUCUCCGGCGGCUGGAAGAAAGGCACGCUGGGCCCCCAAGACCCACCGAAGAACGCUCCCGCUUCAGCCAAGGGCUGGCAGCUCGGAAGCAGCACGUUGAACCUGACCAACACCACCACCGGCGACGCCGACGGCAAGUCUGUUGACGUCGACGACGACGAUGACGACUCAGCUGGCUUGAACUUGAACGAUACCCUUACUACUGGCACUGGCACCGAUAUCGAAGGUAAUGCCGUCGCCGACACGCCAGAGACAGAACUCAACUCCCUAAUGGACGCGUGCCACAACUACAAGGGCGACGCCUGGCUUGUGGAGCUGGUCUGUGGCGCGUUGGAUCACCUCCCUGGGAAUAAGAAGCGGAGAUAA